AUGGCAGUCAUGCUCUUCCUCACUUUCCAAAUCCUCCCAUCGCAGUUUUACCCUCUCUUCGUUCAAGGUUCUUCUUCUUUCACUCCUGGUUCAAGAAAGAAAGGGGAGAGAAAGGGGAGAGGAACAUCGGCCGGGCAAGGUGGCAGCUGCGGUUUCGGAAUGAGGGGUCAGAAAUCACGGUCUGGUCCGGGUGUUAGAAAGGGAUUUGAGGGAGGCCAAAUACCAUUUUAUAGGCGUAUCACCAAAUUGAGAGGAAUUGUGCCGGAGACUGGAGCUGUUUUUUCUCCGUUUUUCCCUGUGUUUGUCUGUCAUUUAAAUUGGGGUCUCCUGUUUGAUAUCGUUUACAAGAUUUGGGCACCUCUAGAUCACAUUUUCAAGGUGUUUGGUAUGCAUGUUGGAUUACCCAAAUACAUUCCGAACUUAAAAGACAUCGAAACUGUUGGAUUUCAAGACAAAGAGGUGUAGUUGGAGACUUUAAAGGAGAAGGGUUUGAUCAACCCAUCAGGAAGAGAGAGGAAACUCCCUUUAAAGAUUCUGUGCGAUGGAGAGUUGAAUGUAAAGCUGAACUUAAAGGCCCGUGCCUUUUCAGCAUCUGCAAAGGAAAAAAUUGAGGCUGCUGGUGCCUGGUUGUUCUCUCACUGUACUGCCGGGCGAAAGAAGUGGGUUAAGCCAUCGACUGCGAAGAACCUCGCUCGAGCCGACGAAUACUUUGCCAAGAAGAGGGCUGCAUCAUCAUCCUCAUCCGAGCCAGCGUCUGAAUGAAUAUCAUGUAAUUGAUCUGCUCUGUUUUUGAUACAAUGUUGAGAGCAAUGAAAAAAAUUGCACCAUAUUCAUCUCCU